CGAUCCGCAUAUUCAACCAAGCUUUGGUUGACUCCCCAAGUUUGCUCCCACGUGCCAAGACAACACGCCUGUUGCCCAUUGCUGGAGUUAUGUCGGGCCCUGCGCUAAGCCCUGUGCACUUCCUUGCUGUGUCGAAGGCGAAAUACCUGAAGGAUGUAGAGGGUGAGAGGGGCAAGGACUGGGUGGUGGUCAUGGGUAACGAGGCAGGCGACCUCGACUCGCUCGCCAGUGCUAUAGCGUACGCUUGGUACAGAAGUGCUAUAAAGCAGGAUGCAGCCAUUCCUCUUGUUCAGACCCCUCGUGCCGAUCUAUCUCUUCGCACAGAGAACCUCUAUGCCCUCGAGCUUGCGGGACUGAACGCGUCCACUCAGGAUCUAUUAUGCAUCGAUGACGUCCCCGCCUCGUCUCCGUUCCCGUCUGUUAAGUUUGCCCUUGUCGAUCACAACCAUCUGCAGAGUCGUUUCACGGAGGGCAACCCUGAGGCACGCGUAGUCGCCGUUCUUGACCACCACGAAGACGAAGGGCAUCAUACGGAUGCAGACCCCCGUAUCAUCGUCGUCCCCACGGGCAGCGCUGCAUCCCUUGUUACACGUUUGCUCUCGGAGCAGUGUCCUGAUGCUGUCCCGAAGGGCCUCCUCACCUUACUUCUCUGUGCUAUUGUAGUCGACACGAAUGGACUGAAGCCCGGCGGCAAAGCCGAGAAGAUCGACCGUGAGGCGGCUGCUUUCCUGGCGCCACGUUCAUUGCUUUUCUCCCCUGAUAGCCUCGCCAUCUCUGAUCUACAUGAGGAUCCACGCUUACAAGAACUCCUGGCUACGCUACAGUCUAAGAAGGGGGAUGUCUCUCAUCUCGGCACCCGAGACCUGCUUCGACGAGACUACAAGGAAUACUCCUUUGUCCCAUCCCGGCUCCUGAACAAGACAGUUCUGGUCGGGUUAUCGUCUGUGCCCGUCGGACUUCACCCUUGGAUAUCGACAGACAAGUCGUUCUGGUCUUCUACGGAGCAGUGGAUGGCCGACCGCAACCUCUCGGUUCUCGGUAUCCUGACGUCUUUCAGAGACGAGAAGAAGCUCAAUAAGCACGGAAAGCCCAAACACCGACGCGAACAGCUGUUUGUCGUCCGCGAAGACGUUGGGGACCUCGCUGAGCGUCUGUUCAAAGGGCUCAAAAGUUCGGAGGAGCUGGACCUGAAGAAGAGGUCGUUGGCAGAAGAUUACAACGCAGAGGUGCCAUCGUCGUUUGCAAAGAGGUACAAGGCGAAAGUAUGGGAACAGGGCAACAACGACGCUACGCGGAAAGUGACUGCUCCGCUGGUCAAGCGAAUCAUAGAGGGUUGAGGACAUUACUCCCGAUCAGUGGCUUCCUGCUAUCCAUAUCCCCAUUUCAUGUAUUUAUGCCGAUCUACCGCUCCCGGGUUGAAGGAAUU